GUGACCGAAUAUUUUUCGAUUGUCGGUUUCUUACUUUACAGACUUUCUAUAUCGCUGCUGGAAUACAAUUUUUGUGUUGAUGACGCUAUUGAAUUUUGCGGAUACAUACCUUUCUUCGUUUGUGAAGGAUAUCUUUUGUGUUUAUUUGCAUUCAGAUUGGUCUUCCAACUGUAUCUGUGUAUUGCAGAUAAGAACAAAAAGUCAUCUCGUCUGGUUGCAAAGGCAUCGCAGUAUGCUCACGUACAAAAACUGCUAUUGAGAAGUUAUUCAGAUCUUGAAAACACAGGAAUAAGGAGUAUGCUGACAAGUAAAUCAAACCUGCUUCUCAAAGAAACAAAGUUGUGCUGUCUUAACAAGAGUAUGCAGCGCUGUACAAUGAGGACAGUCACUGUCAAUUUUGUUGUUCUACUAAGCUUUUAUCAAUUGUUCAUAGUGUUUGUGGAAAUAUCCAGGGGACUGUACAACUUGAAAAGAUUUGCUGGAGUAGGACUGCAGAAAUUGAAUAUAUCAUUUGAAACAUUUGACGUGUAUACGGACACAUUUUACUAUAGUUUCAUCAUUGCGCAGGUGCUCUCUGCAAUCUACAUAAUUUCCAUGAUGAUACUGAUUUACAAGUCACAAAGAGAACAUCUUAUCCAGGCAUGGAGGGGUAACAAGUCAUUCAUCCCUAAGAAAUGCUUAGAUAUGGAGAGCGGCGAAAUGAUAACCAAGUCUCUGAUGUUCGCUGGAACCCAGGUCUCUCAUUUAUUAGAAAGCUAUUUGAUAUCCAUUCUGGUGAUAUUUUUGAUAUCAAUACUCUUGGCAUUCUUUCUUGUUCUUCCAUUGCUGAAGAAAGUUCCCGAAUUAUUUCUUCGUCCAGUAAAAUUCUUAUUACCUUCUAUGGUUGUGACAUACAUCUUCGUUUAUCUAUUAAAAAAAAUAUCGGAGAGACUCUUUCUUCAGAAGCAUUGGGUUACGUCGAAAAAAAGAAACGGAGUUGAAAGAAUGUUGGCUUUGAAUAAUAGGAAAGUGUACCACAAUUUUUCCUUCUUUUUGUUUUUCUUCUACAUUUUGAUUGGUCUUUUCAAAUGCAUCAAACGCGUUUUAUACUCCCUGGUGAUUGGACUAAUCUUUGUUCCCAGACUCGAUAGAAGUGUUCUCGUGUCAGGAUUUGAGCACUAUGAUAAUGCAUAUAUGAUAUACGUUGGUCUGUUACACGUGGAACUGGCCCACUGUCAUCCUGUGCUGAGGGUGUUUUGUGAGGAGUUAUUGAAAAGUUCAAACACCCGUAAAGAACAAACAGACGUGCGUCUCCAUUCAGCACAGUCCAUUGGCACAUCUUCAGUGGUGGCUAAUUAUCGGUCAACCAGGAGUAUCAGUGCCAAAGCUUACACUGCACAUGUCAUCAAUAGGUGGAUGAAAACAAUUACGUUAUACAACAACCCGUCACUGUGUAAGACAUCAACAACAAACACAAAGUUCGAACAACCCGAAUAAGAAUCCCUUCUAAAGUGUGACGUACUAUGUGAACAAUGGUCGUUGAUAGAAGGACCGAGGACAAAUGUUGUUGACAAAACUUAACAUGU